GAAAAAAAAAAUGAGGUAUUAUCUUAGGGUAACAUUGCAUUUUUCACUUCAGUUCAGCACAUACUUUUCCAUCAUCUCUCUCUAUCUCUCCCUGCAAAUCGACCAUGGCGUCUUCAAUCUUUUCCGUCUUUUUCGUCAUUAUAUUCCUGCAAUUUUGUUUGAUUCUAACUCAAGUGGCAGGUAGAAGUAGUGGGGAACUCAUUUAUGAAGACGGCUACACAGUCACCACAAUCAUCGACGGCGACAAGUCAAACGUCAAGGUCAACCCUCAGUCGAUCAUCCAUCAAUCUCCGCCGUCCGAUCUCUUCAUCAUUCUCGACUCCGUUGACAGCACUUUCUACACCGCAUUGCUGCCCACGACCUCCAACGAAACUGUGAUAAAGAAGUUGGCAGGAAAUAAAGUGUUUGGAUAUGUUGAUGGUGACUUGGCUUCAGCAAAGUUCCAUAAGCCAAAGAGUUUUGCAGUUGAUCUCAACGGGAAUAUAUAUGUUGCUGAUCAUCUUAACCAUGCCAUUCGGAAGAUCACCAAAUCAGGUGUUACCACAAUCGCUGGAGGCUAUUCACAAAAAGCUGGCCGUGCAGAUGGACCUGCUCGUGAUGCAUUGUUUUCUGAUGAUUUUGAGUUGAUUUUUAGCUCUGAAAUAUGUGCUUUACUGAUAUCUGACCAUGGCAACAGAUUAGUUCGUCAAAUAAGUUUGAAAGCAGAAGAUUGUAGCAGGCAGUCUGGCUCUGUUCUGGGAACCACCUCAGCCUGGCUUCUGGGUUUGGGACUUUGCAGCUUAAUCAGCCUAGCUGUCGGCCUUGUGAUUCGCCCGUAUGUUAUUCCAUAUACAGGAAGGCGUCAGACCUCAUCAGCCCCCCUGGACAUGGACACAUUGCCGAAUGAGUCUGGAGAGACAAGUAGUGAUGCUCUGCUCAGACUUGAGAAGCGCAGUUGUUAAGUCCACAGUAUAUUUGCGCUCUCAUCAGAUCAUUUUGCUCGUCCUCUCACACUUAUCUCUCAUGUUUAGACGUACGCCACUAGAAUCUCGUGCUAGUUGUAGAAAAAUUGUGUCUUUAUUGGACAUGGAUGAAGUGUGUAAUACUAGUAGCAGCAACGGCAGUAGUAGUAGUAGUAGAGUCAUCUCACAACGGGUAGCAGAUCAGCUGAAAGAUCUGCUCACUUUUGACGAAGGGCUUCUGAUGGCACCCGUGAAUGCAGAUGAAAUGGUCGUGCGAGAAGAGGGAAGAGAAAGCACGUAUGAGCACAAAACGAUAGAUGGUAUGAUAAAGGCAAAUCUAGCUAAUUUUGAAGGUGAAGCUCUUAGAGUCGAUUCCUUUGCGUCGCCAGAUUGCAGGUUGGGUGUCGUAAGGCAAAGAUGAAAUACCCGCUAUGUCUCAUUUUCAUCCUUGUAGUAAGGGCCUGUUUGAUAUGGGUUUAAAAGCAGGAUAAGUUAAAUUAAUAUGGAUUUAUGUAGUGUUUGAUAUUAUGUGUUACUAAUAUGGUCAACUCCAGGUUUAUCCUAA